AUGGGGAGGGGGAAGAGGUCGGUGCUCGCGUCGUUGUUUGGGUGGAAGAAGCAUAGUGCCGGCAGCGGCGGGAAGGCGGCGGAGGAAGAGGCGGCGGGGAAGCCGCCGCAGCCGAGGUACUACCAGGGGACGAGGGUGCGGCCGAGCGGCGACGACGACUACGGGCGCCACUGGUACCCUGACCGUGACAUCGACCGGAGGGCCUCCGAGUUCAUCGAGCGGGUGCAUCGCGGGAUAUUGCUCGCCGGCGACCGAGAUGGAUAGGCGUUUCGA